AUGCAGAUGUGUGACGAGCUUGAGCCCACCCCUUCCCCGGUGCUGACCAAGGACCUGACGCCGACCGCCACCGCAGCCGCGGUGCUGACCAAAGACACUGCGCCAACCGCCACCGCAGGCCGCGGUGCUGGACCAAAUGACCUGGCGCCGACCGCCACCGCAGCCGCCGGGUGCUGUACCAAGGACCUGACGCCGACCGCCACGGCAGACCCGUUACUGACCAAAGACCUGACGCCGACCGCCACCGCAGCCGCGGAGCUGCCUGUGACAGAGCUGCCUGAGACGGAGCUGCCUGUGACAGAGCUGCCUGUGACAGAGCUGCCUGUGACAGAGCUGCCCGUGACUGAGCGGCGACACAAAGCGGCGCCGCAGCCUCCACUAGACGACCUAGAUGCCCUGGCGGACGCUCAAGGACAGGAUUGA